UUCCUUAUUUGUAACUCUCCCAGGCCCAGAGUUUUGCAUGCAUUAUUUGCAAUUGUAGUUACCACAGCUGCAGUAACUGUGCAUGCGAAAACCCUGUAUCAACUAUUUGCAUAAAUAACUAGUGAAACUGUGCACACAAUUGUUGUUCCUGAAUGCACACAAUGGCACGCAUACACUGUAUAAAUAGCUGGGCCUUGUUGUUCAGAAUUUUGACAUGACCAAGAACUUUGGAAGUGGAGGAGAAACUUUUAUUUAAAAAAGAAGAACGAUCUCUGCAAAAAAGAAACACAAAGAAUAGCUCAUACACAAUGGCUCCUAAUGCAACAGAGUACACAGCAUGUUGUCCUUUAUGAAAGUCUGAGGAUGUAGAUCCAUGUGACUCUGCUCCCGGAAGCUCAGAGAGAUUUCAAAGAAGGAUCUUCCAGAUCAGCAAGUCUGAGAUGUGCCUAAAUGGAUGACACUGAGCAAAGGACACUUAUGUAAGAGAAGGGAACACAUAAAGUUCUGACUGGAUAUUUGGUGCUUGCUGAUUGAUACAUGCUCAUACAUUGGAGUCAGUCGUUUUCCGGCAAGUUCUGUAAUUGACUCUCAAUCUGCUUUGGGACUCGGAUAAAUGGCAAAAGCACCGUCUAGUGCAGCGUCACAAGUGGAGCAACUCAUCUUUGACCACUUAAGGAGAGCUGCCACUCCAAAGAAGGCCUGUGAGAUUGCCGGUGCAUGUUCAGUUACCAGAAAGGAAGCCAAGAAAGUGCUGUACAAGUUGCAGAAGGAGGGAAAGGUUGAGAAGCAGAGUGACGAUAACAAAUGGCUUGUCCGUGCAGACGCAGAGGUGGAAUGUCAUCAGAAAACCGCCGAGUUGAAAAUCGAUGACACCGCCUUAGUCCCACUGCACCAGCCUGUGAACGCUGUGACUCCUGUGAAAGAUGACCGCAAACUGUCAGAAAAUCAGGAAAAGAUUUACCAGUUUCUGUCAGAAAAUGGAUCUCGCAGUGCAUUAGCCAUUGCCAAACAUAUGGGAAAGACGACACGAAAGGAUGUCAAUGCAGAUUUAUACGCGCUGCAGAAAAGACAUGUCCUCAGCCAGGAGGAAGACACGAAGCUUUGGUCGGUUUACGGACAGGGGGCAGGUUACAAGCUAACAAAUCCUGGAGCAAAUAAGGAAGCAGGGCCAGUUAUUAUUCAGAAUAAUCCAACAAACAUUAUCUAUCAGGGAGGAGUGCAAAACACCAUCUCUAUAGCUGAUUCCAGAGCUACUCAAAUUGGAAACUACAACUCGCUGAAUCUAGUGGAUAAAAAAGAUGAUUCUAGACCAACUGUUCCAAGACUUAGGGCUGCAUCAGAGAAUGCUGAUAUGUUGCACUGUGAAGCAGAAGCUAAAGCAACCCCCCAGGGUGGUCAGGAAAUUGAUGUCACUGAGUCCACACUCAAGAAUACUGUCAUUGGUGAUGAUAAUCAAAUGAAUAUCAUUAUGAAGGCCUUCGCUGAUAGUCGAGAGGAGCAGCUGGACCAAUAUGGCACUCCAGAAAAGAAUCCAUUUGGUGACAGUUUUUCUGCCAGCCCUGGGCCGUCACUGAAAAUUAACACCUCCCUCCCCGGGGAAGGGAGAGCUCCAUUGCAAAGAGUCACCAUUGACAAGUCCGAGAUGGAGAACGUCAUGAUCGGAAACAACAACCAAAUGAGUGUUCAUGAGCAAUGUGGUUCUGCCGGCCUCGCAGAUGAGGAGACAAAUGAGGAAGACGAUGCUUCAGCUUCCAACUUGAUAUCGGAGCAAAGCGAAUGGACAUCCUGUGAUGAUAGCAGCCUGGAUCGGUCAAGUGACAUUUCCAUCCUUUGUGAAAAGUUGCAAGAUGUAAUCAUUGGGAACAACAACUAUAUGAAUGUAGAAGAAACUGCAAAUACUGAGAGUGGUGAAGAAGAUGAAGACAAAUAACAGAUAUGUGGAGAAAGCGAAGAUCUUGCUUAUGAAGCCCGUGCAGAAAUUCUCAAACGUGAGCAGGUAGAGGUAAAGAAACUUGCUAAUUCUAAUUAUUUUUGCCAGGGAGAAGGAAGAUAUUUUCUGUGAUUUACAGACAAUAAAUGGAACAGGACACACUGUUCUCAGCCUACUCAAAAUGUUAAAAAGCAAACAGGAUCCCUAUAUCUUUUCCUUAGGGAGUUUUUCUGCAAGAGAAAGAAAAGUAACAGGGAGUGAAUCAAUUUUAUGCUCGCUGUGAACUUUCAGAGCCAUCGUAAACCUUGAAUCCACCCAGGACUUGGAAAUCUUGUGCUCUGGCAAGUGACGAAAUUCAAAUGGCAGCGGCUGUAAAACUCUUAACUAGUUUGCACCAUCAUUCUGCUGGUAGGCUCCAAGGCAAGCUGCUAACUGGAGGUGACGGCCCAGCAUGAGUUAUGUCUCAAUUUGGUGGAGAGAGCUUUCAAAUUCUGCCUUUUUGGAGAUGGGGAUGAGCUAAUGGGUGGGGGGGCGGGGGUGAGAAGGAAGAAUGCAAAACGUAUUGUUCUUGUCAGUUUAAGAUUCUGAACCUCUUCUGGGACCCAGCCCAAAGUGGGAACCGAGGUUGUGGAGCCAAAGCCGAGCCACCCUACAGAGACUUCUCCAUUCUAGUAGAGAAUUGUACUUGGGACAGUGGAUACUGGGAUGUCCUACCUCAGAGCUGGGAAAGGGGAGGCCUGGUCCAACCAGCUACACAGACACAUUUAGGGGGUCCUGUGUGUACAGCGAGAACAGCUGAGCUAGCCUGGUUACCAAAAGCUAACAGGUGUCUAUUACUAACAGAGUUCAGUCUUUCCACCUCUCAUUAAGUUGUCAUGAGUCUUGCAAUGUUCACGGACUUUCUUAAAGCCCCAGCUCCUACAACUCAGAACCUCUCUGCUUGUUCUUAAAAGAAAAAUGUGAACCAAGCACCAUCUCCAGGCUCGGAAACCAAAAAGUCAAAUAAAAAGAACCCCCAAAAUGUGUAGAUUUUUAAAAUCUCAUGAUUUUUUUAAACUGCUCUCGUGAUUUUGGGGCCUGAUUCAUAAUAUUUGAAUGCUUGGGGUUGCCAGUACUGCCCAUAUUAAUCAUGUGGUGCUUGGACACGACCAUGCCAGUAACUGGUUGCAAACUCUUCUAACAUCGUAGUAUGGACAGGGUAUUGUACGGCUGGGCUCCAGAAGCAAGGAAUCGUUAGAGGAGAAUGAGGGACUCUGGAAUUUGCUUUCCUUUCAGCUCAACGGUUCCACACUGUUGACUUCCCAGGUAUUUUCCAAGGCCUGUGUCUUCAUAUAGGUCUUUCCUAGAGGGAUUAUUUUAGUGUUUUUUCUCUCUCUCUCUCAACAUUAUGCUAAUUCAGAUAAUUAUUGUCAAUGUUUUUGUCAAUGUUUUGAUUGUUUAUGUGACAAGAAAGCAAGUGAUGGGCACAUUGUAUAAAUAUGACAAAUUAAAUUAAUGCUGCAGCUGGGUUUUUAAAAGGGCUGAAUGAUUUUAUUUGUAGUCACAGAGACAAAUUGAAGGUAAAUGGAUUCCCUGCUGCAGACUGAAAGCUGAUCACCCUACGGGUCAGGAAGGUAUUGACCCAUCUUCAGCAUAGUAGCCUUUGAUAGCUACGCUACGGGCUGACAGACCUGCUCAGCUCUGGAGCUCAAAGACCAGAAACCAAAACAAGGUUCACGCAAAUCCCUACAAACCAACACACAAGGUGAGCUAAAGUAGCUGGUUUGAAUCCUGGAAAGGGGAUCACUUCUAUUUACAAAUAUGGGGCCCACAUCUCCAUUCUGCCUGAGCUCUCCAGAGGCUGAGAGAGAAAGUGGAGAGGGAGAUAAAUUGGUUUCCUUCCCCUGUAUUCUGGACACAGUCCCAAUGUAUGGUACAGCAUCAGGAGUGCUCUUACAUUUGAGCUGCCUAGAGCCCCCCCCCCAGGGGCCAUUCUAGCAGUGGCAUUCUGCUUCUCUUGGCCAUGUCUCCAACACACCCUCUCCACCAGGCGCUGUGAAAGGAGAUGGUGUAAUUCCCCUAUGCCAAAUCCACCAGCCUUAUAGUCCCUUUGUGGUGCCAGAGUGGCAUGAAGGGGCCCGAUGGAGCAUUGAGCCAGUGGGAUUUCUCGACCACUUUUUAAUGUCACUGCUGCAUUUCCUGUUGAGUCAGACAUUGAUCCAUCUGCACCUUGUUUUUCAAGGCAAGGUAGGACUAGCUAGUGAAAAAAUGAUGACCCCAGAGUUAAUUUACCUCCAUAACUAAGAAGUAAACUAAAUCAAAACCACUUCAGUAGAGCAUAAAAAUUUUAAGGAACUAGUAAAAAUAUUGAUAGGUACUCCUUGCAAAUCAAUGGAGUCACAGUGUUGAAUAUAUCCUUUUAACUCCAUGUCUGUAAAGACCCAGAUGUAUAGCACUCCACCUAAUCAUGACUAUUUCAAGUUGCUUAACUCAGGGGUGAAUGGAACCAGGGACAUCAAUUUGCAUGUGCAAUUGUAAUAUCUAUCCAGCCAAAGUGACCCAAGAUGGCAUCAGAACUACCUCUGAGUUCCUUUCAAAACAUAGCAAGAAACUCAAGAUGAUUGGUGUCAGGAUUUGUGUGUGUAAAGCCAAGAGCAUACUGUAUUUGUAGUCAGUGGAUGACAAGCACCUGACAGAUCCCACCCCCACCCCCAGUCAAAGCAGCUGAGAUGCAUGUCAAGCGUACUUUGACUGCAAUGUGAUCGUUUUGUUUUCCUGUGUGGAGGUAGCUCUAAAAUUAGGGACACUGGAAAAAACAGACCAAAAAAGAAAAGAAAGAGAAAGCUCUCUGAUCAUAGCUAAAUAGCAAAUCAAUGCUGAAUGUCAGAAAUGAUUUAAGUGUAGGCAUAUGCCUCACUAUACCAAAGUCAGAUCAUUGUCCCGUGAUGCCUGGUUUUCCACUUCAACAGUGGUUGUAGAGAUCAGAGACCUGGGACACCAUGGUCAGGGUUAUCUCCUGUUUACACAGACCUUUAUCUCCUCACUAUAUGCCCCCCAAUGGCCACCCUGAAUAGUAGCUCUACAAGUUUAUACCUAACUCCACAAUGGUCAAUUCCAAUAAGUAAAGGCUUAAAUUAUUCAUUCUAUGGCUUUAAGGAAUUGCCAUAUGAGUAAAGGGCAGGAGAUCCUUCCGAAAACCCAAUAAUUGACCUAUUUAAGUCAAUGAGAAUUUUUUUGCCGUUGACUUCCAUGGGACAAAUAUCAAGCUUAAUAUGGGCCUGAGUUUGAAACCCUUAGUGAUGCUGUGUGGCACUGAUUCAAUGGGGAAUUAGUCAUGUAAAUAAGUCCUAUCUGAUGUGAGUAAUGGAGGCAGAUUCUGGCCCUAAGUCAUUACGAUCUUAGGCUCGGGAGAAACUGCAUGACUCAGUUCUAGCUUUAAAAAAUAAAUCUCAAGCCAUAAAGUACCUUUUGGCUUUUGUCAAAGUUGAUCCAAAAGGGCUGUGCUAAAUAAUAAAAAAGAUCAAGCUUUUGAUGUUAAGUUGCAUCUUCAAGCAUAAAAUCCAGCCUUGAUGAUGCUGAGCCCAGCCUAUUUCACCCAGGCAAAAAAUACUCAACAAGAACCUUAUGUUACUUUUCAUUUAGAGAAAACGUCUAUACAUGUAAAAAAAAAAAAUAGAAAAAUCCUUGACAGGUAAGUAAGUAGGAAACAUCUGGCCAAACUGAAGGCAAAAGAAGUCAUUUCAGGGAAAGGUGGUUCGCUGAAAGCUUUUCAUCGUGACUCCAACUUAGCAGUUAACGAAAAAAUAACACUUACUGAUGAAGUGUUUAAAAUGGCAGAUGGCAAAAAUUCUAUACAUAUCUAGCACAAGAAGCUAAAUCGAUUAAGGGAAAAAAUAUUGGCUAGUCUAAAUGUGGAGAUGUGCGCCCAGAGGCGGGGCAGGUAUUUUGAAACUGUCAUGAUAUUUUUGAUAGAUUUCCCAGAAGCAGCGUGGUUCCAGGAAUGGCAGGUUAUUGGAAAGGCUGAUUACUGGACACUGCAGUGUUUGCCUUGGAAGUACAGGGUACCUGUUUCCAGUGAUGGUAGUUCCUGGAAUGGCAACGCAACAGGAACGCUCCGUAUGCUAUAUUCUCCACUGCCCUGCACCUCAUGAUAUCAUUUACACUGUACAAAUUGGGUAUAAAAUGCCACCAAUUCCGAAUGGUAGCAUACCUGCUUUACGGGGUGAUGAUAUCGGGUGUUUGGCAGUGGAGAAUCUGAUUUAUGGUGUCUGUACUGUACUGUAAUUUAUUGCUGUACUAGUUUAUCCCAGGUUACGCACUGUUUUAUGAGCUCACGACUGGGACCAAUACAUUAUUCAGUAAGAAAGUGUGAACUCUGCAAAAAACCCUCUGGAAAGCAAAGACAGGAAGCAUACACUUAUAUCCCCUCCCCUUCCAAAUUAAUUGCUAUUAUUUUGAUUAAAACACAUUAUCAUAUAAAUAUUUGAUUUAAAAUGUGAUUAAAUCUUUCUUGCUUAUGAACUGUGACACCUUUAAAGCCUAACCUUUUACGGCGUAGCGCUACCUAAUUAUGUUGCUCAUUAGCUACGUUUAAUAGUUCGAUCUCUAAUAUGCUCUGCCAUUUGGAACCUGCCGUCAGUGCCAAGUUCAAAUCAAUGCUCUUAGUUAUUUGUGCCAUUGCAGAUAAUUAAACAAAAAUUAAAAGCAAUUUAACCUUGCAGAUAUUCACAGUAUGGUAUUAAUCUGGCUUGGUAUUGAUUGAUAUUCAACGACUGGGAGUGGUUCAAUUAGCCUAAUGUUAUGGGCCUAAUUCUGCCUUUCUUUAUACAGGGACAAAUCCCAUUGAAGUCAUUGGGAGUUCUUUUCUUUUUCAAUGGAGAUAUCCUAUCUCCUAGGACUGGAAGGG